CGCACGGCGUACUUCAGCUGCUACCCCUUUUUACCGGAAACGACGACGUUUGACUGCUUGUCGUGCUGAUCAUAGUUUACUCGCUCGUCUCUCUUCACUCUCUCGAAAAAUUCAAAUCUCGUACAAUGGCGAAAGAUCCAGUUCGUGUUCUCGUUACCGGUGCUGCAGGACAAAUUGGUUAUGCCCUUGUUCCCAUGAUUGCCAGGGGAGUGAUGUUAGGUCCCGACCAGCCUGUAAUUCUCCACAUGCUGGAUAUUCCACCUGCUGCAGAGGCAUUGAAUGGGGUGAAGAUGGAAUUAGUGGAUGCUGCCUUUCCUCUUCUUAAGGGUGUUGUUGCAACAACUGAUGCUGUUGAAGCAUGCAGUGGUGUCAACGUUGCCAUCAUGGUUGGUGGUUUCCCACGAAAAGAGGGAAUGGAAAGAAAAGAUGUGAUGUCAAAGAACAUUUCUAUUUACAAGUCCCAGGCUUCUGCUCUUGAGAAGCAUGCAGCUUCUAACUGCAAGGUGUUGGUUGUUGCUAACCCUGCCAAUACAAAUGCAUUGAUCUUGAAAGAGUUUGCUCCAUCUAUUCCUGAGAAGAAUAUUACCUGUCUCACAAGGUUGGACCACAACAGGGCCCUUGGUCAAAUCUCAGAGAGAUUGAGUGUUCAAGUAAGUGAUGUUAAAAAUGUCAUCAUCUGGGGCAACCACUCGUCAACACAAUAUCCUGAUGUCAACCAUGCAACUGUUAAAACACUCGGUGGAGAAAAGUCCGUACGUGAACUUGUUGCUGAUGAUGCAUGGUUGAAUGCAGAGUUCAUAACUACUGUGCAGCAGAGGGGUGCUGCCAUUAUCAAGGCUAGGAAACUUUCUAGUGCCCUUUCUGCUGCUAGUUCUGCUUGUGAUCACAUACGCGAUUGGGUCCUUGGAACUCCAGAGGGAUCAUGGGUUUCUAUGGGUGUAUACUCUGAUGGAUCAUACAAUGUCCUAGCUGGUCUUAUUUAUUCAUUCCCAGUUACUUGCAAAAAUGGAGAAUGGUCAAUUGUUCAAGGUCUCUCAAUUGAUGAGUUCUCAAGAAAGAAGUUGGACUUGACGGCUAAGGAACUCACUGAGGAAAAAGCUUUGGCAUACUCGUGCCUUUCCUGAACUUUUUAACAUUCCGGAAGUAGGUCAUAUGCCUACUUCAGUUUAACAUUCCGGAAGUGGUGGUAGAAGUGGCUUCAGUUUUGAAUAAUGCCAUUGUUUAUCCUUGAGGGAAGUAAUGAUGGAGAUACUUCAGUUACUUCUUAUGUACUUUAUUAUAUGCUGAUUCUCGAAACUAAACUGUUCUCCCUCAUGAGCAAUACCAUUUUGUCGGACAUAUUUUUGGACCUCUUGGUCAUUAAUGAGUUCUGUUCUUAUUGGACA